GCUUAUGCUUUGAUGGUGAAUAUUUACCUUAAUUCUGGCCAAUUGUUACAUUUAGACAUUAGAGUACAAAAUGCCAAUAAAUGAAAAUACUGCUUUGGAUUUUCAUUACUAUACUGUAGUAGUUUGCAACAGAAGGCAAACAGGAAGUGUACAAACCACAUUCCUGAUUACUUUUUCAGGUAGUCUGGAUGUGUUCAAUAGCAGUUUCAAAAUUUCUAGCCCUUAAUGCCAAGUUUUGUUGCCAUCAUAGCUGUGGUGUGGGUGGAAAAGCCCAACCAGAAAUGAGCAGAUCUAACUGUAAGCUACUUUGCAUGUUGUCAAUUGACUAUAAAUUGCAGCAGUCAUUGCCUCAGUGGAACAAGAUACAUAAUUCAGGUAAGAGACUUGCAUGUUGCUGUAUCUAGCCACAGAUCUUCACUGAAUAUCAAUGUUCUUGUAAAUCACUUCUACCAGCCAUUUACUGACAGUGUUUUCAUAGCUUUUUAAUGAAUCCUCUAUAAUGUGAUCUCUUAUUUAAUAAGGAGUAAGAAAAAUGGAAUAGUAACUUCUUUUUUUUUUCUUUUUUUUAAUAUCAUUCAGAUAUUUUUCAGGUAUUCAUCACUCUUACGACAGCACGUCUUGUUUCCCUGGAUUUUACUUUCAUCUGAAGAUUGGUGAGUCUCUAGUCUAGCAGGAAAAUGUUCCUAACACUUGUAUUUUGCACUUUGUGCAGGUGUUGAGGCAGCAGGUAACUGUUUUAUAUAAUACUGUUGCACAGCAGAAGUGUUAGAUCUCUUCUUGAAGAGUUGUGUUGGUUUUGGGUUCUUGCUCUGGAGUGAUGUUGUGCUGUAAUUUUCUUUUUUGCUAUGUAGCAGACUUCCUCAGUGUUUUUAAGUUGUUAGCAGCAGCAAGUUUUUAGACAAUAACCCAACUUGUAAAAGUAGAAAAGGGAAAGUUGAGUGUCUACUAUUUUCAGUUUAGGAGGAGUGUAUAUUCACCUCUGAAUUUUUUGCAUGGAUAUUAAUGUGAAAUGGAUGCGUGUUCAUGCUUUUAGCCUACCUACAGAAAUACAGAAAUACCUGUUUAAGAUGCAUGGGACUCCCACUCAUGCUUAACAGCUGUAAAUGAAUUCUUCACUCACAGGAUUUCUGUUGUGCAAUCUACGUGCAUUAGGAAAAGAGAGAACUCUGCAUUUUCAUAGAAUAUGUUGUGAGAACAGGUCAUUAACAAGUAAAUAUUCUCUGUAUAAAUGUGGCAGAUCAUUAGAAAACAUUACAUUAUCCUUGUGAGGGAUUUGUGUUAUGGUACUGUGAUUGGAACACUUGAAGCUUUACCAGAUUUCUGUGAGUAUGGAAUCCAGCAGUUUCUGGUAACCUAGUUUAAUGUUCAGGUAUGGUUUCCAUUUUAGAGGAUGCAGUAGAACCUAAGUGCUUUAGGCAGCAAUGUAUGGAUGUACAAGUGGAUGGUGAGAGCAUUUUUGGAUCAAUUCUAUGCAGGCAAGUAUUGGUUGCAAUCUGUGAGGGUGGCUCACAGUGUUUCUUUGAAAAUUAACUGGUUAUUUCAAUGUAUUUAAAGAAGCUAUUAGGUAACAGUCAUUACAUUCUCAGCACUUAGGCUGAUAUUUAACUGUUUGAAUAAUGAUACUGGGAAGGCAUUAUAAUGCAGCUUCUUAUAAACCACUGCAAGAGUAUCUUUGUAAUAAACAUUUCAGGGGAUUUGAGUAGUUACACCUGCUGUAACGCUGCUCUGAAGAGAGGGUAUGAGGGCAGGCCAAAUCUGACUUACAGGUUUCCAGCAGGGCUCCAACAACUGUGUGCCAUCCCUUCUUUGUAUUACUAGGAGAUGGGUUUUUCCUUUAAUAAAUUGUUUCUUUCAUAACCCUCUAGCAGUAGGAUUGUUUCUAGUAUUUUAUGUCUAUGUUUAGUCUGCAGGUGAGUGGAGAAGGAAUGUGAGGACCCAAGGAGAUGUUAGAUGUAGUAGAAAUUCUCUCAUCUCUCUAAACUUCUUGAAAAUCUUUGUAUGAGGGGAUGUAACCUGACAGACAUGGAAUUAAGAUUGAGAUCCAUUCUCUGCACAAGUUUUCUGUUUUGUUAAGAUGACAUAUUGAAUGUGACACCAAGUGACUAGAGAGAAAAAUAAUUUGUUUUUGAAGGCUCUUUGGUAUGAAUAGGGAGUCUUUUACUGGAAUUGUAGAUUUAGGUUUUUCAGGGAGGGGAAGGGGAUGGUGGGAAUGCCUCAGAUAUUGGCCUGCUUUAUUUGUUGUCUGUAGACACGUAAGUUUUGGUGGAUUUGGAGCAAACUAGACCUAUGUGGAAUACAUAUAGGUAGAGUCUCUUAAUUUCCAAAACUGAGGUGAAAGGAGACUGCUUGCUCUUUCCUUUAGGCAACUUUAGUGGCUUUAUAUUAAUAUCUGUUGUGUAUUAAUUUGAUCAGUGUGAUUGACUUGCACUUUCUUGGACUUUGCAAAUGGGAUGUUGUCUUGUACCUGAUCUUCCAACAUCAUUCUGAGAUGUCACAAAUGCAUUAAAAAAAACCUCUUCUGGAAAAUGUCAGCAAGACCAAGUAUUGGUAAGUCCAGGUGAGUUUUUUAUACUCUUCAGUGUGACUUGUUGAAAGCAUUCUGUAAUUAUGUGUUUCCAGGCUAAAUGCAGAACCUGAUGGAUGGCAAAAGCUACUGUAACCUCAUCUGUGCUGAGGCUCAGCACAUACAGCUGGCAAGGCCUUUCUGUGCAGACCCACUGGUGACGUUUCACGUGUACCCAGAAGCACCAAACCAGGUCCCUUUGUCCGAAGAUUUGUCAUUCCUUCCUUUCAUGUCAGAGCAUCUCAUCACAGAGACCUUCUACAGUGAGCCCUGCCCCUUUCCCUACCAAAUGCCCCAUUCCAGUCUCCACAAAAUCCUGCAGGCAGCAGCCUGUCCAAGUAUGGCUCGUUUGGAAGGGUCCCUGCCCAAGGGUCACAGGUAUUGCAGUGUGAGGCCAGCUUUGGACAAGUUUUCAUGUUCCAUAUCCACAGUAAACCCCUGCUGCAGGAGCUCUUCUGUUGUGUAUCCUGUCUGGAUUGCUGAGCCCUUCACCCUCCAGAGGUGCCAAUGGAUCAGCCACUGCCUUCCCUCCCCUGGCCCAGCAUGGAGGAGACUGGGGGAGUCAGGGGGCACAGACAGCAGUGUGCCCGUGCUGGCCAGAGGGGAACAAGAUGGAUUUUAUUACCAAGGUACAGUAAAAGAGGAGAUAGAGAGUGAGAGAGGCAUGUUCCUGGUAGAGUUUGCCAAACCACUUGUGUCACAUGGAAGGCAUCCAGUGUGUGUGCAAAAAACAGCAAAGGAUGACAUCCUGGAAUAUGUGAAUGGGAUGAAGCACUCCUUGCUCCCUGGAGACAGAGUGCUGGCACCCUGGGAGCCAGAUGGGGCCAGGUAUGGCCCAGGGACUGUCCUCAGAGGCAUUGAGACAAGGGAUCCCUUACGAGCCUCAGAGGAUGAAGAAAUCAUGGUCCAGUUCUGGAAUGACAAGCAGGUGAAGCUCCCCCGUGGUGUGGCUCUGUGGAUCCCUCCUAGCCUGUGGGAGAGGAUUGUGGAGAUGAUCCAGGUGCCCUUCACCAGCAGGGUGAAGCCCAGACCAAUCCAGGACAUUAACUCUUGUAUUUUUCCCGGCAGUCCUAAGCCAGCCCUGAUUCCUGUUUGUGCUGGAUGUAGCCUUGCCAAGCACUGUUUGCUCUGCUCUCCCUGCUGGCAGCAUUUCCAUCGCUGCUGUGCUGGUGCUAUCUGCUGUUCAUCAGCCUGGCUGAGGGGCAUCUGCUGCUGCCAGCCCUGUGCUGGUGCCUGGUGGCCUCUUCCCUCCAGGCCCCUGGUCUUUCAGGACAAAGCUGAAGAGGCAGAGUCCAGCAGCCUGCUCUCUCCAGGCCUUCUAGAACUGAAAGGCACAGAACAAGCAGAAGCUGCAGCUGUGGCAACAUCCUCUCCCUCUUCUGAUUCAGAAUGGGACCUGAAGCCAUCCCCCACUAAGAGUACUGUGUGGGGCAGUGCUGUUAACACAGGCUCCAACUGUCUUGAAAAGCCCAGGCUGAAGAAUUCUGCAAAACCUGAGGGGAAAUACUGGAAAAGAAGCCACCCCAAGUCCCUUUCCAGUAAUUCAGGUACCUUCAAACAACCCCAUAGGGAAGCAGAUGUCAGAGGGAACAAAACCAAAAUUCUUCUGGGCAGGGCAGUCAUUUUGCCUGCAGGUUAUUGAUAUUAAUACUGUAAAUUUUCAUAUCAGACUCUGAUACAAUUCUUCCCCCUCCCCAAUGUUUCUGCUGCCUCAUCUGGCUCUUCUUUUGGCCACUUAUCCCAUAGAAAACUAGGGAACAAUUAAUUUCAUUUGGAAGCACAGCUAUUCCUCUCAAUUUCCUGUCAUUUUGCCUAUGCCUUUUAUGAUGCUAACGUCUUCAUUAACCUGCAUUGCUCAUCCAUUCAGAACAACCUGAAAGAAUUCCUUUCAGGCUCAAAGUGCAUUUUUCUCUCUCCUGAACUGAAUGUUUCUCCAUUUCAGUUCUGC